UUGUAAAUAAAACACGGGCCUCCACGUAGGUAUAAGUCCCAAGCCCCUUUUGUACAUACCCAUUCCAGUACAUGAAAUUAGGUAUUUCAUUGUACGCCUUUUGUACAUAGCUCGAUCUAUUCUUUUUAACUUUGAAUAACAAACCAAAAACGAAGGUUUCUUUAAAUCUUCCCAAAAAAAUAUACCAUGGGCCUCCAUGUAGGUAUAAGUCCCAAGCCCUUUUGUAAAUACCUGUUUACAUAGCUUUGAAUAAACUCAAAUGGACCUCUCCCCGAGUGUGAGUCCCGAGCCCUGUGUAUACAAAUGGAUCAUGCUUACAGGAUUAAGUUAUGGAGUGGGUAAAAAGGCAUACCAAAAAGUAUGAUUUCAAAAUGCCUAAUGUGGAAAGGCUGAAAGAGUUAGCAUCUUCUGUACAAAAUCCUUCUGAUUUUAGGAAAAGCCAUGGAAAGCUUUUGCCUAUCUUGAACACUCAUGUUGAUGAAGGACUUCUCAAAACUCUGGUUCAGUUUUAUGAUCCCGUCUACCGGUGUUUUACCUUUCCAGACUAUCAGUUGGUACCAACCUUGGAAGAAUACGCCGAUCUUUUGGGUAUUCCUGUGUCUGACAAAAUACCUUUCAAUGGUUUGGAAGCCAUUCCUAAGUCACCAGUCAUUGCAGCAAGUAUCCACUUGAAGAAAUCUGAAAUAGAAAGUAAUUGGACUACCAAAGGAAAUUUUCCGGGUUUGACUUCGCAGUUUCUAAUAAAGAAAGCCUUUGAUUUCAUUGACACUGGUAGCAUGAUAGCUUUUGAAGCUGUAUUAGCCUUGCUCAUUUAUGGGUUGGUUCUGUUUCCCAACGUCAACGACUUUGUUGAUAUCAACGCCAUAAAGAUCUUUCUGAUUGGAAAUCCUGUUCCGACUUUGCUUGGUGACACGUAUUUCUCUAUCCAUCAUAGGAAUCGCCAAGGCGGUGGAAUCAUUGUAUGUUGUGCACCUCUUUUGUACAAAUGGAUUGUUUCACACUUACCUAAGUCCCCUAUUUUCACGGAAAACCGAGAAGGCUUACGUUGGCCUCGAAGACUUAUGUCUCUUGCUAAUAAUGAUAUUCAUUGGUAUACCUUGGCUCGCUGUGGUACAGAAACCAUUGAUAGUUGUGGGGAGUUCGCCAACGUACCUCUCAUUGGCACACAAGGAGGAAUUAACUACAAUCCGGUCCUAGCCCGACGACAACUCGGAUAUGCAAAUUCAGUUAAACCAAUUGGUCUCGCAGUGGAAUGCUACUUUUACCGAGAAGGGGAAGAUCCUCAAAGGUUGAAGACAAGAAUGGUGAGAGCUUGGUACGACGUCCGAAGAAAAGAAAAAGGUGGGGAAAGAAACUGCAUUGCUACAAACGCCUAUACCUGCUGGGUAAAGAAAAGAGCAAAGGAGUUUCAAAUGCCUUAUGAUUAUGAAAAACCCAUGUUCCCUGUGGUGUCUCAACUACCCAACAUUCCCAUUGACACUACGGAAGAAUACCAAGAGAUUUUAGCCAAGAUGAGGUUAGAAAAAGACGCUUGGGAAGAAAAGUUUCGUAAAACUGAUGAGGAAAAUAGAAAGUUGAAGAAAAGAGUGAAAGAUCACGAAGAAACUCUCUAUUAUCAAGAUGGAUGGCUCAUGAGCAAAGAUGAGAAGAUUCGUCGGAAAGAUGCCGCAAUCAGAAGAUACAUCAAAGAAAGCAAGAAGAAUCUUGAAGCCUCGACAAGCAACGCUCCGACUCCUGAUGAUUGGAAGAAUGUUGUCGACAAACUGAGAGCUGAAAAGGCCGAGUUGAAAGCUUACUAUGGGAAAGAAAUCAUGAAGCUCAAGCUGCACAAUGCAUUUGGUUCUUCAUCUGAUGAAGAUGUUUAGGAUUUGUUUAGAUUUUCAUUUAUCAUUUGCUUUUGUAAGGAGCUACGCUCCAAUGUUGUAACAUUUCCCAUUAUUGCAAAAAAAAUAAUAUAAUGAAUGAAUAAAAG